AUGUCCUCACUCUCAUCGUUCAAGAGCCCGGCGACAUACCACUUGCUAAGCUAUGGCACUCUCCUCGGGUCCACGCUCUUCCAAUCCUUCGUCAGCGGCAUAAUAGCCUUCCGCGUCCUCCCACGCCCGCAAUUCUCCACGCUGCAGAAGAACACGUUCCCAGUCUACUUCACGCUCCAGACGCUUGCGCCGCUAGCCAUGCUCUUCACGUACCCAUCCGGCGCCUCCUCUCUCCUCCCCUUGCUAUCGUCGUCGCCCAAGGUCCAAACGCCGACGGAUAAGCUGGGUGCUUGGCUGAUUGGAACAAUGUUCUUCGCAGCGCUGGCUAACUGGGCAUACAUCGGUCCGCAGACCACGAAGGUCAUGGAGUUGAGGAAACACCAGGAAACGCGGGAUGGGAAGAAGAGUUAUGAUGCUGGCCCGCAUAGUCGGGAGAUGCAGGAGCUGAAUAAGCAGUUUGGAGUUCUGCACGGCAUUAGCAGCUUGACUAACUUGGUGGGCCUGGUGGCGAUGGUGUGGUAUGGAGGAGUCCUCGGGGAAGGACUGAGACUGUGA